AUGAUGGAGCGAAUUUGGAACUUGGACAGCAUCGGCAUACUUUGCGAUGAGACAGACGCAGCACAGCAUCGCUUUGUCCUCGAUAACUUCAACACGUCCAUUCAGUUGAAGAACGACAGGUAUUCAGUUGCCUUGCCGUGGAAACCAGUUGUGUCAAUGCAAGACAACAAGCACAUUGCGGAGAAACGUCUUUCACAAGUCACGAGGCGUCUAACCAAUUCACAAGGGUUAAUGGCGAGAUACGACGCAGCCAUACGUGAAUAUCUUGUCUCUGGAGUAGCCGAAAAUGUUACCCAGGAAAUGGAUCUGGCCCAAAAUACAGCAUACAUAUACUACAUGCCGCAUCACGCAGUCAUCAGGGAGGAUCGAAUAACUACAAAGGUGAGGAUCGUCUUCGACGCAACCUCUCAUGAAGCUGGCACCAGCUCGCUCAAUGAUAAUCUGAACGCGGGCCCCAACCUAAAUCCGGAUAUCAUGCCACUACUUAUGAACUUCCGCCUUUAUCCAGUAGUCUUGGUAUCGGAUGUACAGAAGGCAUUCCUACAGAUCGCCAUACACGAGGAUGACAGAGACGCGCUUAGGUUGCUGUGGUACAGCACCACGCCGGUAGACGGCCAGCUACUACCUAAUGUUGAAACGUGGCGCAUGACUAGGGUGACUUUCGGCACGGCCCCUAGCACGUUCCUCCUGGCAGCCACGUUACAGCACCACAUCCAGCGGCACGCCAGCGAGCAUCCGAGACUAGCAAGGAUACUUGAAAAUUCCAUUUACGUGGACGACGUCAUUUUUGGUGCGGCAAACGAGGAGGAGGCAGCGGAGAUGUACACCGAAACCUUACAGCUGUUUGGAAAGGCUUCCAUGAAGCUCCAAAAAUGGGGUUCGAACAGUUAUGCGAUGCGCGAGAAGUUUAAGUCAGAACCGGCUGCUGUUUUGAUUGGAAACACAACGAAAGUACUUGGCAUUCCUUGGAACCAGGAGCAGCACACGCUGUCUCUCCCACUUGACUUCCAGCGCGCAUCAGGAGAGUACAACGGCAUGACCACGAAAAGACAGGUGCUGCGCUCUGUGGCACAAAUAUAUGACGCAUUGGGCUUCAUCCUUCCGUACACCGUCACCAGAAAGAUGCUCCUACAGGAAAUCUGGAAGCACGGGUUGGAGUGGGAUGCUCCGCUACCAGAUGAUCUCGCUCGUAAAUGGGCCGUAGUGGCACAACGAGCUCCAGGAUCUCAAAGACAUUGA